AAUUUUUAUUAGCUUGAGCAGAGAUGGCAGCUUAUCACUGCUCUAUGCUUGUAGUCUUUGUUCUUUUCAGGACGAUAUAUUGUCAAACAAUAGACCCCUGUACUAACUACAAUGCUAUAAACGAUGUCUACCGCAGUACUAAGUAUGAGCUACAGCCAGGAUUUGUAGCCAUAUGCGACGACAAACUUACGACUGGCUGGUAUAGAUUCAAAAGCAUUGUUGGUGGAAUGAUGCCGGAAACAAAACCCUCACCUAACCAUUGUGGUACUGUUGCACCUAUCUGGAUCAGGGAUACUCACCCAACAACGAAAGGGCAACAAAAAGAUGUGACGGCAUGCGCAAAUAUUCAAAAUAUUGCGAAUGGAUGUCUAGUAAAACACAARAUUUCUAUAAAAAACUGUGGUGGAUUUUACGUCUACAAACUUAAGAGAAUUUACGGAUGUCCAGCAGCCUAUUGUGCUGGUGAUAAGAAGCCGUGCCCGAGAGGACAAGUGGGAAUUGUCCCAAAUUGUCAAGUUUCCACCAUUGCACAUUUCCCGUCUGGUCUUCUCCCAACACCAACCAUCACGUACAAGGACAAUCCUGUUGGUCCCUUGACGAUGCUCUGUAAAUUCAGUUUUCCCAACUGGAAAAACGUGUCAUUUGGCAUUGAAUGGUUUACUGAUGGCUACUCAGUCAAAAAUGACACUAUUUGCAGUGAUAAAAGUGAUCCUGAUUGCUCGAAUAGGCACAGUGAAUUACCUGCACUCCAUCCCGACCAAAUACGGUCUUACUUCAAACCAGGACAUAGGGUUCACUGUAAGCUGCGCAUGAGAUAUAACACGAAUGUUGACAACAAAUGGACYGCCAUUACAAAGCAAAGCAGCCAAUAUUUUGYUGGUAUCAAGGUAAUCAUUAGCAAACACUGGAAACCAUUUCAUAGUUCUGASACGGAUUGCUUUUUCUUUGYUUUUUSUUUUUAA